AUGGAACCACUUCCUCUACCUGAAAAUGAAGAAAAUUUACCAUAUUGUCCACCUGUUGUCGAACCGGAAUUACGACAUUGGUAUGCUGUUGAAGUAACACAUGUGAAAUCAGUUGGUGAAUUUUAUAUUCGCUAUCCAUUUGGUAUUGAUACUUCACUUGGUCAAGGAAAUAAACGUAUGUAUUAUCUUAGUAUUGACUUUACUGAUCGAAGAUUUUAG